UACUCCGGAUGAACUCCCUCAUUCUUGACGCAGAGAGGGAGAAGGAGAUUAAACUUUGAAGAAAGUGAGAAUGGUGGCAAACACAGGCUGCKCGGAGAAGGCCAAACAUGCUAAGGUGUCCAAACCGCUGAUGGAAAAGAAGAGAAGAGCUCGAAUAAACCAGUGUUUGGAUGAGUUGAAGCGUCUCCUGGAGAGUUUCUACAGCAGCAGUAUUCGAAAGCGCAAGCUGGAGAAGGCCGACAUCCUGGAGCUCACAGUGAAACACCUGAGGACCCUUCAGAGAACACACAGCUUAAUAUGAAUAAUAAACUUUUACUUUGAGUUAAAUGUUUAUAAAUGCACUAUAGGUUUUUACAGUUUUGUUGAGUUUUAAUAAGAUGAGGGCCGCUUAGGGCAAUGUGAUGGUGGGGGGUAACAGGGAGGCGAAGCCCCUCUGUAGCUCUUGCAUUUUAAGAGUUUUAUAGGGUCGUACAUGUUCUGCUAAAAAGUUUUCUGGAGGUUUUAAUAAAUGUAACAUUAUUUUGUUGAAUUUAAA